GGUGUGAGUGCGUCACGCCGCUGCCCUCCGCUACGUUAUUUCCUGCGGAGGAAGAGCGACGUCUCUGACAGCGAGGGAGGGAGGCUUCAAGUUCUCAACAACAGAGCCGAUCGGGAUUUCUGCGCGUCCGGGACCAAAACACCCUCCCUCCUCUCCUCUCCGCUAUCAGACAGGCGACCAUCCCGGCAACAUGGUGUGGAAAUGCUCCGGAUAGCAGCCUCUGAGUGUGCGUGAGUGAGGGCUCGCUCACCAUGGCGGGGGAUCUCUACUGUCCCCCAUCCCCACUGGGGGACUCCCUCCUGGACAGUCCACUGUGUGGGGACCUGAUGGACGAUCUUCGUGACUUCUCUCAGUCCAUAGGAGACGACACGCUGGGGUUUGAUUUCCCAGAGUACCAGAGCAUUGCUUUGGGGUCCAAGAGUGCCAUCGCACUGGACACCUUGACCCCAGCCUCCAGUCCGUCAUCGGGGGUGUGUGGAGCAGCGCCCGACCCAGAAGAGAGCCGCAGCCCCCUCAACCUUGAGUGCCGGGUGUGCUCAGACAAAGCUUCGGGCUUUCACUACGGGGUGCACGCUUGUGAAGGCUGCAAGGGUUUCUUUAGGAGGACCAUCAGGCUAAAGCUGGAGUAUGAUAAAUGCGAACGCAACUGCAAAAUCCAGAAGAAGAACCGAAACAAGUGCCAGUACUGCAGAUUCCACAAGUGCCUGUCUGUGGGCAUGUCUCACAAUGCCAUCAGGUUCGGUCGGAUGCCCCAGGCAGAAAAGCUGAAGCUGAAGGAGGAAAUCAAGAUGGUGGAGAAAGAAGUGGAAAGUCCCAUGGAGGCUGACCACAAGAUCCUGGUUAAGCAGAUCCACGAAGCCUACAUGAAGAACUUCAACAUGAACAAGGCAAAGGCCCGACUCAUACUCACCGGGAAAACGAGCACACCGCAACCUUUGAUCAUUCAUGACAUGGAGACCUUCCAGCUGGCGGAGAGGACGCUGGCGGUCCACAUGGUAAGCGGUGACUACGCGGAGUCCGACGGCGGCGUAGGAGACAGACAGGUGUUUCCAGCUGUGGCGUGCGAGGAGCUCGAGCAGAGGGAGGCCGAAGCCAGGCUCUUCCACUGCUGCCAGAGCACCUCGGUGGAGACGGUCACGGAGCUGACGGAGUUCGCCAAGGCUGUGCCGGGAUUCCAGAGCCUGGAUCUAAACGACCAGGUGACUCUCUUGAAGUACGGCGUCUAUGAAGCCCUCUUCACCCUCCUGGCCUCUUGCAUGAACAAAGAUGGGCUCCUAGUGGCCCGCGGCGGAGGCUUCAUCACCCGCGAGUUCCUCAAGAGCCUCCGGCGGCCGUUUGGUGACAUGAUGGAGCCAAAGUUCCAGUUCGCCACGCGCUUCAACGCUCUGGAGCUGGACGACAGUGACCUUGCCCUUUUCGUGGCUGCUAUUAUCUGUUGUGGAGACCGUCCAGGGCUGGUGGACGUGUCUCUGGUGGAGCAGCUGCAGGAAAGCAUCGUUCAGGCACUGCGGCUCCACCUGCUGGCCAACCACCCGGACGACACCUUCCUCUUCCCCAGGCUGCUGCAGAAACUGGCCGACCUCCGUGAGCUGGUCACGGAGCAUGCUCAGUUGGUGCAGGAAAUCAAGACGAACGAGGACACUUCGCUGCACCCGCUCCUGCAAGAAAUAUACAGGGACAUGUACUAAAGAGCUAACACGCGGUCUCGAACAGGGACACGUAUUAAAGCAUACACAACUUUAACUGAUUAUGCUUAUUAAUGUACUGUAAGUAGCGUCAAGUGCCGCCGCUGUGGCUGCACACUGCUGUGAGCAUGUGACUCUCUGCUGAUGGAGCAAAACCCUCCAUGUUUUUGGAGGGGAAAGGCAGCUCUUGCAGAGAACAACAUAUUACCACAUUGCUGUGUAGAGAUAUCUAAGCUAAACAGGGAGCAGGUUCUGCAAAUUUGUAUUUUAAAAUGAAUGUCCAGAUAUUAAUACUGUGUACCAGUGCCUUAAUGAAGUUUGUAGCAUUAUCUUUGACCAGUUUGAGGAAAGAAGCGGCUCAGUAUUCAUCAAGUGCCAUCACGUUUCCACUACCUGACCUCAGAUUUAUUUUUUCGAGCAUCCCCCUCAAAACAAACACCCAGCCUUACUCCUACUGAAAGGAACCUUUUUUUUCUUUUCUUAAAAAAACAAAAGACUGUGAUUUCAUGUAUUUAUAUUAAUCAUAUGUGCAACAUCUCACCUUUGACCUUAUUUUCCAUUGUCUCAGAGUACAAUCCUGCCAUUAAUGCAUUUUUCGCUCUCUGAAAAAAACACGGCAUUGGCCAGUGUUGAGUAUUUCCACCAUAAACAAAGCAAUCUGUUCGACUGGUUCCUGUUGUAUUUUGUAAAUAUGACGAGAAUGUGGUGACCACGGUGAAAGGGACUUGUGUGUGUGUGUGUGUCUGCGGGUAGGCCCCCAAGAAGAGGAGCUUCCUGCGCCAUUUUCUGUUCUUCAAAUCCCACUGUAAUAUUAAAAUGUUGUUUCACGUCAUAAUAAAUAAUAUUUUUUAUUAUGUAUAGUGGAGUGUACAAUGAAAUUCCUUUGCUGUUUGUGAAGUCAGAUGCCUGUCUGGGGUAGUUUAAAAUAAACUCAUAUAUUUAACUAGG